UUAUCUUAUGUUGUGCAAUUGAAUUGUGUUUUUUUCUAUUUGGAUUGUGUGAUGAGUUGUUUUCUUAAUAAAACAAUACUCUAUUUGUGCUUGUAGUAGUAAAUUAAUGUUCACAAUUUCAAGUUUUUUUCAAUUACAUCGCUUUCUUUUUUUUUUUUUUUAAUUUUAUUGAGAAUUUCUAGAGGAGAAAAUCGAUUUUUUCAUAUUGGUAUAUGAAAAUAAAAAUUCUAUCACGGAAGUUAUAGGAUAAACCUUCAACCACACGAUAUUCUCAAUGUAUCUUUGAAAAAGUUAGUAAAACUUAUUUACUCUUCAAAUAAAAUUCCUUUUAACGAGUUAUUUUAUGGUUUUAACAUUUUAAUAUAAAAAUUGAAAAUUUAGCUUAACAUCACAUGAUUUCACAUCAUUUACGGAGUAGUGUGUGAGUUAGCAUGUGUGCAUAUAGUUUUGCUAGAUUUAUGUAAGAUACCAAGAUGUGCAGCAUUUUUAAUGUUCCUAAUCGAUAGAUAUUCAUCGUGCACAUUUAUUAUUUAGUGUGCAUAUGAUCUCCAUGUUUAUUCAAGAAUAAAUAAGUUCACAUAAACAUUGAUAAAUUCAUAUAAGAGUCAAUUAGCUCAAAUAAAGAUUAACAACAUAAAUUUCUCUAAUAUAUUUCACCUUUUUGGGAUUAAUAGGUUAAAUUAACACUUUAUAGUGUUUGAUAUAUAAUUUAAUUCCAGAAGUCGAUUUUAAUGGUUUUGACCUAUUGAUUUUAGACUGUAUUUUAAAAUAAUGUUGAAUUAAAUUAAAAAGUGACAUGUUUAAAUUAGAGUAUGUUUAGCAAAUGGCUAUAAGUUGGAGCUGUUGGAUGAAAUUAUUUGUUGAUUUAACCAAGUGAACGUAUAGAUCAACAAGUUAGUUGCUUAACUUAGUUAUUUAAGCCAACUAUUAAAGAGAUAUUUGGUAAAAAUUAUUUGUUAAUUGUUAGCUAUUUAUUAGAGAAAAAAUUAUGAUAAAAUUCAAAAUCUAAUAAAAAUAGUAUAGCUAUUUGAUUUUAACUUAAAAAAUAUAUACCAAAUAUUUUUAUACUGUGACCAACUAAAAAACUAAAAGUAAUAAAAAAAAUUAUAAAAAAAAGCCAUACACCUCCUCAAUGUAAAUGUUGACUUUUAUAUAACAUUUAAUCUACUUUCAAGUCCAUCUUGACGGCUUUGACCAUAACAAAAAAGAGCGCAAAACAAAUCAAAAUCUACCAUCUUCUUCAACAACCGAACCCUUUAUUCCCCUUGUUCUUCGCUCAGUCAGUCUUUCUCUAUCCUCAGCAUUCAAAAGUUCAUCAAUGGAGGUUACUCAGUCAACUACCGGAGGAGGAGGUGGUCCAGCGCCAUUUCUUCUUAAAACUUACGAUAUGGUUGACGACUCCUCUACUAACGAGAUCGUCUCUUGGAGUCCUGCUUAUAAUAGCUUCAUCGUCUGGAAUCCUCCUGAAUUCGCUAGGGUUUUGCUUCCUACUUACUUCAAACACAACAAUUUCUCCAGCUUCAUUCGUCAGCUCAAUACUUAUGGAUUUCGGAAGAUUGACCCAGAAAGAUGGGAAUUUGCUAAUGAGGACUUUAUAAGAGAUAAGAAGCAUCUCCUGAAGAAUAUUCAUCGCAGAAAGCCGAUUCAUAGCCACAGCAAUCCUCAACCAGAUCCAGAGAGAGCAGCAUAUGAGGAAGAGAUAGAAAAGCUCAAUCGUGAGAAGAACGAUCUGGAUGCAAAAGUGUCUAGUUUCAAAAAUCACCAUUGUGCAGCAAAAUCUCAGCUUGAAGACAUAACGCAACGUAUAUGUAGUAUGGAGCAAAGGCAAGAGAAAUUGCUGACCUAUGUAGUGAAAGAGUUUAAGAAUCCUACUUUUGUUGAACUACUUGCGCAGAAAAUUGAAGCUAUGGACCUCACAGCAUAUAACAAGAAGAGGCGAUUGCCUCACUCUGAUCGGUUACUACCUGCAGUGGAGAAUAAUUUUGGGGACAUUUAUCAGCAAGAUUUGUCAAAUAAACUUAAAUUAGAAUUAUCCACAGCUGUUUCAAAUAUGAACUUGGUCUCAAAUAGCACGCAUAGCUCAAAUGAAGAUUGGUCAAGUCCGACUAGGAGAUCAACAGGGACAGACCCUAAAGAUGCAGAAUUGGGAAUAAGUACCCUGCCAUUUUCCUCGGAAACAAUAGAGCUGUCAGAUGCAGAAACAUGCCUGGCAUUUAAAAUGGACACAUUGUUGUCUGACAAAGUCGGAGUAAAAGAAUGUCCAGGGUUAUCGUCAUUGCAGCAAAGCUUAAUUUCUGCAGAAGAAAAUGAAGGUCAAAUAUGCUGCCAGUUGAAUCUUUCAUUAGCAUCUUCUCCACUACCACUCAAUCAAAAUGCCUAUUCAACGCGGCCAACCCCUAUGGAUGUAGAUGUUAGCGGAUCUCAAGGUAUGAAAUCAGAUGCCAACGGUAGUAACAGAGAUGGAGUUGGGGUGGCUGCAAAGAAUAAUCAUUCAAUUAGUAAUGUGAGUAAUUCAUCGUCACUAGAGAUUGGCAGUAAGAGCGGGGAUCCUACUCGUACCGCACCUGCACCUGCCCGAGUUAAUGACCAUUUCUGGGAGCAGUUUUUAACUGAAAGACCUGGAGCCGCCGAUACAGAAGAGGCUUCUUCAAGCUAUAGGGCUCUUCCCAGCGAUGAGCAAGAAGAUCGAGGAUCAAGCCAUGGAAUGUCUAGAACUGCAAAGAACUUGGACACGCCGCUGAUUUGUACAUUCGGGUGAAAAAACAAAUUCAAAUAUUUUUGCAAGACUUCAGAUUUGAGCCGUUAAGAAGCCUAUAGAAAAGCGACUUAAAACCAAGUCUAUAGUGUUUUGGACUCGAGUCUUAUCAAACUCUUCGUAUCACUUCUAGUAAGUAUAUAAACACCGAGCAAACUUCAUUGUAAACGGAAAAUAAUGAAAUAUAAUUCAUGACUUCAACCUUUAUCCUACAACCAUCACUUUAUGUCAAGGUAUUCUAUCAUUAAUCCACGAGUUCAACCUUUAUUUGAGGCUAGCAAAGUAAUAUACUCCCUAAUUAUUGCAAUGAAUUUUAUACGAGUAGAUGUCAGCUAGUUCAACCGAUAAAAUUUGUGAAUUAAACAAUACAACCAUAAAUCAAAUCUUUUUUCACCAUAUUCUUUGAUGCUCUCAUUAUGUAAAAAAAGAGAGCAAACACAUUUGUGUUUAAAUAUUUUUGGACGUUUCACUGCCAUUUGACAGUUUGACACCACUCAACUACUCAAGUAGCAACCUAAAAUGUGUAGUAGAAGUUGUAUUUUUUUUCUUUAAAGUUGUGUCAUUAAGCUGGACGGCACAUAAAAUGAUGCACAUUAGGCAGUGAGCCAUUGCAAUUAGUCAAACAUGAGGGGCUGCUGAUCGAUGAUCUUGUGUGUCUUAUUUCUAAUCAUUUCAUGGUUUCUUCGCCUGUUAGACUGUCUGCUCAAUGCUGACUUUUGUUGUUAAUGGUGUUCCCAAAAACUCCAAUUUAUGUCAUCUUUGAACCAUUCAAUUCUGCAUAUGAAAAUCACUAAUUGACUUUGGAUUGCUUCUGUUGCAUAAAGUGAAAACUACUCCUAUUCAAUACUAACACUUUCCCACUUUUUUAUAGUGGAUUUUAGGCGGGUUGAAAAAUAGUUUAACCAAAUUAAAAUCGAGUUUUAAAUUGUAGUUUUUUUUUCCUU